CCGAAUUGUUUCAGCGUUGUUGUGUUUACAUCAACAGCUCCUCGUUUACAUACCGCGUGCAGGUUCGUUGAGAACAGGACUAAGUGAAACCUUUAGCUUUUGGAUGAAGUGACCAUGAAGCAGGACAGUGAUGCUGUGGACGUCCCCGCGUGCUUCAUAUCCAACCAUGAAGGUUUUCUUGGAAGCAUCAAAAACUUAAUCAGAGACUUUGUGGUGACUGAAAUCGACAUCAAUGGACAGCGUGUUAACACAGCAGCAGCCACACAGACACCAUAUUGCAGGGCCUCUGAUAAAAACAAUGAAACCAGUGCAGACUGUAAGAGGAACAAUUACUCGUCAGUCUCACAGGACUCUGAUGUUUCAGCUGAUUGUGGGCUCGAUGUCACCAUACCUAGUCCAGGCAGUUUUGAUUUAAGUGUGAUUCUAGGUCAGUCAGUCAGCGAUGAGCUCGAGCAGUUUGUGUUGACGCUCAAAGAAGAGCCCAUCAAGCAGGAGCUCUCUCUGGGAUCCUUCGCUGACAAACACCACAGAGCCAACGUCCACCGGGCCGUCAGACACCGCUUCCCCUUCCUCAUGACGGUCACGAUCCAGCCUGAGAUCAGGGUGAGGGAAGACCCGGACUACAGAGAGCUCUCCAAGCUGGUUACAGAGGACGAAGCAGAGGACUUCUUCAGGUUCAUAGAUGCCAAAGUGCGAGGCUCGUCCUAUACAUUUGGACCUGAUGACAAUAAGGACCACAGGACCGCGGUCCACCACUUCCUGAGCAGAAGGUUUGGCAAACUGGUCGAAACUAAAAGCUUCACUGACCAGGGGACGACUGCGAUCUCGGUUAGACUGAGAGAGCAGGGGAGGCCAAAGAAAAGAACCGCAGAGGAACGUAAAGAAGAAGACAUUUACACUGCUUUUACUCUGCGUAAGGAGAACCUGGAGACUCUGGAGGCCAUCAGCUACAUGGCAGCAGCUCUCGGGGUCCUACCGUCAGAUUUCACCUACGCAGGGAUCAAAGAUAAAAGAGCAAUCACCUUCCAGUCCAUGGUGGUAAAGAAGGUCUCAACUCAACGGCUGAAAGAGAAGACAGCUGAGUUUGAGAGGAGAGGGAUGCGUCUGUCUCAGAUCCGCUCCGUCAGCGAGCCUCUCAGGCUUGGACGUCUGCAGGGGAAUCACUUUGACCUGGUGGUUCGUGAGCUGAGACCACACGGGGCCAGUGACGCACACUCCUCUGACGCAGACGCGCACACUCGUCUGGCAGCUCUUGUAAAGGAAGCAGUGGAGAAUGUCAAGGCCAGAGGUUUUGUCAACUACUAUGGACCACAGAGGUUUGGGAGCAUGCAGAGCGUCCAGUCUGACCGUGUGGGGCUGGCUUUACUCAAAGAAGACAUGGUGAACGCUGUGCAUCUCUUCUUCACUCCCGAGGACGGCAAUGAUCCUCAGAACCACGCUAAGAGGCACUUCCUCCAAACAGAUAACGCUAAGGAGUCUUUGGCACUGAUGCCGUUGUCAAAGGCCAGGGAGCGACUGAUGCUUCGGGCCCUGAACCGCUAUGGUACAGGUCCAGAUGGUUGUGCCCAAGCCUGGCUCAGCCUGCCCCACAGCAUGAGGGUCUUCUACCCGCACGCUUACUGUAGCAGAGUGUGGAACGAGGCGGUGGCACACAGGCUGACCACUCUGGGUCACAGUGUCAGGGGAGGAGAUUUGGUGUGGAAGCAGGAGGACGCUGGAGAAAGCAGCUCUGCUCAGAUCCAUGUGGUGACAGACCAAGAGGAGCAAGAUGGAGUGUACACAUUGGAGCAUGUGUUACUACCAAUGCCAGGAAAUACAGUGAAGUACCCAGAAAAUGCCAUGGGGACUUGGUUCCAGGAGAGACUGGCCAGAGACGGACUGGUUGACUGUCGCUUCAGAGUCAGCAGCCUCAAACUAAAUCUGCCUGGGUGCUACCGCCCCCUGCUGGCCACACCACGCAACCUCAGCUACCAGCUGCAGAAAGCAACCUGUGAAGGCAGAGGAGGAGAAGAGGGGAUGGGAAACAGCAGCAGAAACAGUGACCUUCAACUGAACGGCACAACAGUGGAAGGGAAGCAGGACUCUCUCACUCUCACAUUAAACUUUGACCUGGACUCCUCCUGCUAUGCUACAAUCUGCCUCAGAGAGAUCAUGAAGUGUGACCCCUAGAGGUCAGGGGACAUUGCUCCAGUUACAUUUCUACAUACUACAUAUUAUUUCUACAUACUUUGCGGAAAAGAGUUUUCUUGUUUUUAGUUUUUGUAACUCAUUAUUGUGAUACCUUAUUAAUAGCCUUUGGUUUGUUGUUGAAGUAAGAGCAUAAAAUUGUGUUUAUAAAUACAAAAAAAAAUGCAUAACAUGCAAUUGAUAAACAAAUUUA